AUGGACACAGGCCCUAAGCUUAGACGACAGAUGAAUCCAAGAUACAGAGCAAAUUGGUUUUCAAUUCUAACUUUUGGAUGGACGUUGGAAACUUUUAAAUUUGGCUACAGUCGCGACAUAAAAGACAGUGAUCUAUAUGCCCCUCUACCUGAACAUCGAUCACAUGAUCUAGGAAACUCUGUUGAAAAGGCUUGGGAAAGAGAAGUGGAGAUAGCCCGAACUCGUGAAAAAAAUGCUAAACCUAGUCUUUGGCUCGUUAUCUUCAAGGUGUUCGGAUCUGAAUUUAUGUUGUACGGUCUAAUACUUGCCGCAAUGGAAUUCUUGAUAAGAUUACAACAACCUCUGUUUCUGGGAUUGUUACUACGUUACUACAGUCCGAUUCAAGACGCGAACAUUGGUAAUCUCACGAUGAGUUCAACGUAUUUAUCCCGUCUUUUUAACUAUUACGAGAUAGAUAGCAGUGUAACUUGGGGAGAGGCGGUUUUCUUUGCUUUUGGUAUUGUUUUCUGUAGUACAUUGAACGUUAUGGUACAACACCCUAUUAUGAUGAGUAUUAUGCAUUUGGGCAUGAAAAUAAGAGUAGGCAUGUGCAGCCUCAUAUACAGAAAAGCAUUAAAAGUUAGCUUGCAAGUUAUAUCUGAAAACAGCGCUGGUUUGGUCGUAAAUUUAAUGGCAAAUGAUGUCAAUCGAUUUGAUUCGGGACCGAUUUUCGCACAUUACCUUUGGAUUGGACCUUUGGAGACGUUGUUAAUGACUGUGUACCUGUAUCGCGAAAUGGGAUUGCCCGCAAUAUAUGGCUCGCUAGUACUCAUCGUUGCCAUUCCAUUUCAGAUAUUCCUUGGAUGUCAAACGGCGUAUUAUCGAAAAGCAACCGCAGUGACGAGCGACGAACGUGUAAAUUUAAUGAAAGAAAUUAUAAUAGGUAUAGAAGUGAUCAAGAUGUACACUUGGGAAAAACCAUUCCAACGUAUAAUAGAUAUUGUUAGACGGCACGAAAUUCACUACAUCAAGAUGACAUCGUACAUUCGUGGAGUGAUAAUGUCUUUUAUAAUGUUCAUCUCCCGUUUUGCAAUAUUCUUCACUGUUUUGCUCUACGUGACGUUUGUCGGUCAAAUAACCGUCGAAAAUGUUUUUUUCCUAACAAGCUAUUACAACAUCACUAAGCAAACGAUGUGUUUGUAUUUCCCUCAAGCAAUAGGCCAGAUUGCUGAAAUGAACGUGGCCGUUCAAAGAAUCAGAGAUUAUCUUAUAAGCGAGGAAUGUCAAAUUCAACCUAGAAUUACAUCUGAGGAUAAAUCACAAAAAGAAAGUACCAGAAAACGAGUCAGGGUUGACGUUAAGGAAAAAAAACCACAGCUUCAUAGCUCUGUUAGUCAGUCCGAUGCCGGUACUUCGCAAACCAAAACAAGAGACAAAAAUAAAGAAACAUUUAAACAAAUUGCUGUUCAGUUUGAUGAAGCUGGUACGAAAUGGAUAAAUUCGGAUAAAAAAGGAGACGUCGAAAAUUUAAAUUUGACUAUUUAUUCUGAAACAAUGGCCAUUGUAGUUGGAUCAGUAGGUUCUGGUAAAUCAACUUUAUUACAUUUGAUUCUUAAAGAACUGCCAUGCACUACAGGUAGUGUCGAAGUGAACGGAAUUGUUAGCUACGCCAGUCAAAACCCAUGGCUAUUCGUAGGUUCCGUGAGACAAAAUAUUCUGUUUGGACAGCCUUAUAAAAAGGCUAGAUAUGUGGAAGUGUGCAAGGUAUGCGCUCUCGAAAGGGAUAUUUCUUUGUUUCCGCACGGAGAUAAAACGGUCGUUGGAGAACGUGGACUAUCAUUAAGUGGAGGACAACGUGCCCGUAUCAAUUUAGCAAGAGCUGUAUACAAAGAAGCAGAUAUUUAUUUGUUGGACGAUCCACUGUCGGCUGUUGAUACACAUGUUGCAAAGCACAUUUUCGAAGAAUGCAUAAAAAGAUUCCUGUCAAACAAAACCGUCCUCUUAGUUACGCAUCAACUACAGUUCAUUAAAUCAAUGGAUCAAGUCAUCAUUAUGGACAAAGGAAAAAUAAUCGCGGAAGGUGGCUUUGAGGGCUUAAGCGACAGAGAACUAAAGAUACUGGAAUUUAUACAAGAGAACGCUAAAGAAACGCAUGAAGACGAAAGCGCCCCAGCUUUACAAGGAAGCUCGAUUCAACCGAGCACAAUCAGUUUACACGGCAGACAUUACUCUGUACUGAUCGAUACAAGCCUUAUUGAUCAAAAACCUGAGAGCGAAUCACAAACAAUAGGCCGAGUCAAGGGUUCGGUGUACCGUGACUAUUUCCUCUCUGGGGCAUCGUGUCCAUGCGUUGCGAUCGUCUGUGUCAUGUUCUUUCUGGCACAGUUCUGUGCUAGUGCAUGCGACUAUUGGAUCAGUCGAUGGAGCGCCGUCGAGGACAGGCUUACGGGUGACGCAACCAUGGAUAUUGCUAUAUGGGACGAACAGCGACUAGUCCGAAACGAUUUCGUGAUCAUAUUUGCAGUGAUUACGACAGCAACUAUUGUCGUCGCUUUAAUAAGAGCCUUCCUGUUCUUCUCUUUGUGCAUGAAAUCUUCUAUCCGGCUACACGACAACAUGUUUGAGUCCAUAUCUAGAUCACCGAUGAACUUCUUCCACAGUAACCCGUCUGGAAGGGUAUUAAAUAGAUUUAGUAAAGACAUGGGUGCCAUUGAUGAAUUAUUACCUCAAGCAAUGAUAGAUUGUUUUCAGAUUAUGUUGAAUCUGGUUGGAGUUAUAACUGUCAUACUAUUAAUAGACAUAGCCUUAUUAAUACCGAUAUUGUCAGCUCUGAUAAUAUUCUAUAUAUUGCGUGUAAUUUACAUUCGCACCACGGGCGCAGUGAAACGUCUAGAAGGAAUAACUCGCAGUCCUGUGUUCAGUCAUGUUAAUGCGACCGUGUUAGGAUUGGCAACGGUACGUUCGUUCGACGCUGAAUUCUUAUUGGCUCAGGAGUUUGAUCGGCAUCAAGACCUCCACAGUGGGGCCUGGUACCUCUUCAUAUCAUGCAGCAGAGCCUUUGGAUAUUUCCUAGACGUCAUCUGUUUGAUGUUUAUAAUAUGCGUAACCUUUAGUUGUUUGAUGAAAACUGAGUUUGAAGGCAGCAGUAUUGGUUUGGCCAUAACCCAAUGUAUUUCUUUGACUGGAAUUUUUCAAUGGGGCAUGCGGCAAUCGGCCGAAAUGGAAAAUCAAAUGACGAGCGUUGAGAGAGUACUUGAAUACACGAAACUACCAAGAGAAGCUGCUCUGAAAAGCGAACCCAAUAAGAAACCGCCUCCAGACUGGCCUUCACAGGGACGCAUAGAUUUUGAAGACCUGAGUCUCAAAUAUAGUCCUGACGGAAAUCUUGUUUUGCACAACCUGCAAUUCAGCAUUCUGCCAAAAGAAAAGGUGGGAAUCGUUGGAAGGACAGGUGCUGGAAAGUCUUCAAUUAUAGCUGCCCUAUUCCGAUUGGCGUAUUUGGAAGGUGCAAUUAUAAUCGACGGAAUCGAUAUUACAAAUAUCGGACUGCACGAUUUAAGGGAAAAAAUAUCGAUAAUUCCACAAGAGCCGGUUCUGUUUAGUGGAACAAUGAGGAAAAAUUUGGAUCCUUUUGAUGAGUAUUCGGACGAGGUCUUGAUAAAUGCACUGAAAAGUGUAGAGUUGCAAGGCGAAGGAGAGAGCGUCGGUGUACUUUACAAAGACGUGUCUGAAGGUGGAUCAAACUUCAGUGUGGGAGAACGCCAACUCGUAUGUUUAGCGAGAGCCAUCGUCCACAACGACCGAAUUUUAGUACUGGACGAGGCGACCGCUAAUGUCGAUGCUCAAACAGACUCCUUGAUUCAAAACACCAUAAGGGAACACUUCAAAGAAUGCACUGUGCUUACCAUUGCGCACAGAUUGAACACUGUUAUAGAUUCUAACAAGAUUUUGGUGCUAGACGCGGGUCGUCUGGUAGAGUUCGACCAUCCUCAUAUACUUCUGCAAAACAAGAGAGGGCAAUUUCGUAAAAUGGUGCAGGAAACAGGCCCGUCGAUGUCGAAUUUACUCCACAAACUAGCCUCUCAGAACUACAAGAAGAGCAAGAUUUAGAAAUAAAAACACAUUGAUUUAGAUAACAAUAUAAUCGUUUAUUAUGAAUAAUGUUAUGUUAUAGAAACAAUAAUAAAAUACUUUGCUUAGUGUUUC